CUGAACUAUCUCACAUCACAAGGAGCUAUCAGUCUACAGCCGCACGCGCACCCGAAAAUAACUUUAGGACAAAGAAUGUCCACGUAAAGCGUUAGGGAUAAAGCUUUAAAGAAGAUUUUACUCGUUUUAUGGAUAUUUUCUCCUCACUCUAAUACAAACUGGCUGAGUCGGAGCUCGCUUUUGAUGGCCUUUCUGCAUGGAAGAUCAUCCUAACAAAAGAAAAGCAGUAACCCAAGCCUUGGUUUAUCUCGGUCUGUGCCAUGACUUUUUACGUCUUAUCCGGAUGAAAUGCCCUGAAAGCUCUACCCCGCCAUCAUGGCAGGUUUACACUCCGCUGUGGGUUUAGCGGUGAAGCUCCAGGCUUUUAUGCAUGGCCAGUGUGUCCUCUUUCUUGGGAUAACCGUGUUGGCAUCAGUGAUCUCAGCUGGCUCACCUCUAGCAGAUGAGCCCUUGCCGGACUCACACUCCUCCCCUGUUGACGUUUUUGGAGGUGCUCCAAGGACAACAGAAUCAUCACCAGCAGCCUUACCACACUCUCAUUAUACUGCCUUUAAUGUCCCAGCCUCACCUGGUGCCCUGUUCUCCUCUCCUGAACCGGUUCCCAAAGCAAGGACUGUUGACAGAAAGCUUUUUAAAUCAGCACCCCAUGCAUAUGAAAACAUUCAAUCCACAAUGCCAAGAAAGGCCUAUGUAGGAGAGACAAAUGUCCAGAAUAGUACAUCAGCAAGCUCUAAUGGACCUAUCCAACGGUUUGAGGCAUCAGCUACUAGCUCCUCUAAAGGGAGGGGGGUAAGGACUAAUUCUGACCAGCAAGAAUAUAAUUUUUCCCUUUAUUCUUUGAGAACUGAGCAUCUAUUCCAGUCAACCUCAAGUCCUUCUGCUUUGACAAAACCCACACCUCAUCCAGACCUUGCCUACCCAGAGGAACCAACUCCAAGCAUGGUACAGAGUGGUCCGUCAAAACAAAUGCAGUUUAUCACGACCUCAUCAGCUGACCUGCCUCUAGAAUCUCCCAAAUUGUUUAAAGCUUUGAGGAACGAGUCCGAUAGCAAAAAGGUUGUUUCAAGUAGCUUGAACGCCAGCAUUGUUCCAUUGGUGCAGACCAAACUUGAACAGAACCUAAACACACUACCGAACGUCGAUGAGAUUAUGGCUCCUGGUUACCACGUGCCUUUCAUCACCCCCCAGUCCUCGAGAAUUUUAGCUGAAGCUAACGAUGUGCCUCCAGAUUACUCCUACCCUACCAACAUGGAAGAACACUGGGGUUCUGGGGAUUACUUGGAAACCAUGUCCUACUUCAACGCAGAUAAAGACGUUUAUUCUCCAGUCACUAAGGUGAUCUCUGACCCCUAUGAUAUGGAGGUAAACACAGAGAUCUAUGAUACAUCCUUUCCUUCCAGAGUUGGCUUAUCACCUUCAUCCAUGCACCCUGUUUACAUUUCACCUUCCCCCAGCCUCAUAACUGCAUACCUCCCCAUUGUUCCACAUCCAUCGAUUCAUCAAUCCAGACUUUCUACACAGACUCCCUCUUUACAGAACCCUACUCCCGCACCUAGCACCGACGUCCCUAACAUAUCUGAAGCAGACUGGGGAGAUGUCUUCACUAUUCGGCCAACAGAUGUGCUCUUACCGGACAUGAACAGCUUGGAGUAUUACACCACUCAGCUGUCAAAGGACAGUGGUGUUUCAGAAACAGGAGCAGAGUACAGCGAGAACACCACUGAAGUGUCCAUCAAUGCUACAAUGGUCCCACCCAACACCGAGUUCACCACCGAUCAUCAAAUAGAGGCCUCCAGCGAUCUGUCAGGGUUUGGGCCUCAAUAUGAGUCCCCUACAGCAGUAACCACAGAAAACACUCAGCUGAUAAAUUCCUCUGAGCCUAUUCUGGAUCCCUCCAUUGUCUCACCCUAUGUCUUUGAUUCCUCUUCCUCUGUGUGGGGUGGUCUGGUUUCCACCACAGGCUGGUCCACACUUUCACCAACUGUAGACAUGGAUACUGAAUUAGAAGAGCCUUUACAGCCAAGUGUGACUCCUUUACUACCAGAGGACCUAUUGUCCUCUUCAUCAUCUCUGACUGAUGUCCACUGGUUUGUUACUGAAUCCUUUGACAGUCCUACACUCAGACCUCCUGUAAUAACUCCAACAAUAGCCUUCUCUCCAGUUCCUACUGAAAACGGCACUGCUGUCACAACUGAACUAAUGUCCCCCGACUUAUUUACCACUGAACAAACUGACAAUAUGACUCUAGCUUCAACUGAACCCUCAUCUCACAAUGCUACCCUGGUUCCUCCAGUUAUGUUUGGUGAUCAGAGCGUGACUGAAGAUGGACCCGACAAGCCAUCCACCAUGACCUCAAUCCCAACAAACAGUCAGUUUAUCACUAUUCCUGCAAUGAACACAAGUCCGGGUGCCACAAACACUCCACAUCAAGCGACAGCCGCAACUUCUGCUGCCACUGAGACCUCAACCAGUGUCAGCAUCAUCGCUACUACCAGCAAAGAAGCCGCAGCUGCAUCAACAACGAGACGGUACCUCUGCAAAGUUGACAGCCCCAAUUAUCUAACAAGGACGGGUUUUCCUUCUGGGGUAACUGUUGGUUUUGCCAAAUCUCAAGUCAGAGACAUUUUAAAAGUGGAAUUUAACAAGUCCGUGGAGCUGCAGGUUGUUAGCCUGCCGCCACAGCUUGUCUUCCGGGUGGUGUCGGGUCCAGUAGUGUACACAGCCAUAUCUGUCAUCAAUGCUCUGAGACGGUCUGGCCGACGUUUCCUGUAUGUGUCCCCUAACCUAACAACACCAGACCGGAAGUACCAAGUCCACACAGUGCUGCAGUUUGUCCCUGGUCACAUAGACGUAAGAUACUGCAGCUUCUUUGAGAGCGUUGAGAAAGGUUUGACUAUGGCUUUUGCAGAAGUGCGCCGUCGGUCAAAGGAGUCAACAAACUUCACGGUGCAUAUUCUCAACAUCACAACAUCUGCAAACAAGUAUGCAGAACAGCAACUGGUGAGGCAGCCAGUGGACAUUACCUUUACUGUCAGUGGUUCAAGGAGUUAUCUGAUGGGGUCGAAGGUCAGCAAUGCUCUGAUGAAACUCACAAUGGUAGAAUUUAGCUACUACAUCGGUUUCCCAGUGUUGCAGAUUGCAGAGCCUUUCCACUAUCCGGAGCUCAACACCAGCCACUUGCUUCGCUCCUCCUGGGUUAGAACAGUACUUCUUGGCGUUGUUGACAAGAAGAUGAAUGAAAGGACCUUUCAAGCUAACAUGGAGCGUAGAGUGGCCCUGUUGCUCGGGGAAGCCAUGGGACAAGUGAGGCGGGUCAAAAGAGCAACCACAGUUGGUAACAGUAGCGUACAGGUUCUGAGUGUGAGCCGCCUGGAGGGAGCAGAAAACCCAGCACAAAUGGUGUAUUUUGUGGAGGGUCAGGAUGGUCAUCGGAUGCCUGCAGUUCAAACUGCCGACCUUCUUAACAGCCUGGACGUUCAGAGGGCUGCCAUUAUCCUGGGAUACCGUGUGCAGGGCAUUUUGGCUCAGCCUGUAGAGAAGGUGGCCGCCCCCCCUUCUGACACAGAGAACACCAACAUGUGGAUCAUCGUCGGGGUGGUGGUUCCUCUCCUCGUGGUCCUCAUCAUCAUUUCCAUCCUCUACUGGAAGCUGUGUCGGACCGACAAGCUGGAGUUCCAGCCAGAUGCUAUGGCCACCAUCCAGCAGAGGCAGAAGUUACAGGCUCCCAGUGUGAAAGGCUUUGAUUUUGCCAAGCUCCAUCUUGGCCAACAGAGUAAAGAUGAUGUCAUGGUGAUCCAGGAGCCCGCCCCACCAUGCUCUGGCUCCGGUCCUCUCGCUCAGUCCAUUAAAGAUGGCCUCAGUCCAUGUGAGAACGGCGAGGCCCCCACGCCCAAAUCCAAAACCUCUGCCUCCUCCACCAAGGCGUCCCGCAGCAGCCGAAGGCAAGAAAGGGUCUCCCCAUCAGACGGUGACUCAGUGGUGAGUGACCGCUCCAUUGAACGGGAAUUGGCUGAGGACAACCUGAGAGGCCAGGCCACGCCCAGCGACAGCAAGCAGAUCCGUAAGCCUCCCAUCAAUGUUUUAAAUGGUCCACCUCCUACAAAUAGCUCCGCAAACGAGCCGCCGUCCUCAGCCUCCAUCUUCGAGCAUGUCGAUCGGAUGUCUCGCACCACAGAUGCUAGCCGCAGGCUCCCUAACAAAGUGCAGCUCAUCGCCAUGCAGCCUAUGCCAGUCCCACCGCUGCGCAGCCCUCCUGUCAGCAGCAAGACUUCUGAUCCAAACCAAAUCAACAAAGAGAUCCAGGCAGCUUUGAGGCACAAGUCAGAGAUUGAACAUCAUCGUAACAAGAUCCGUCUGCGUGCCAAGAGGAAAGGCCACUAUGAUUUCCCUGCAAUGGAUGACAUGAUCAGCAGCCUCGGCGACGCAAAGGAGCAGGAUCGCAUCUACCAAAAGGCUCAGACUCAAAUAGAUAAGAUUCUGGAUCCAGAUAAUCCAGUUCCCUCCAUUUUCAUGGAGUCCAAGAAAAGCGGCCGCGGGCGGCGCUCUCCAAAGCAGAGACUGAGGGAACAGCUGAAUGGAGGCAUGAUGGAAGCAGACAAAGACCACCUCAUCACUGAGGAUGGCGACGCAGUCUACAGGAGGUGCCCUGGGGUCAACAACGUAGCGUAUGUGUCGGACCCUGACCAAGGCCCUGGCUCCCCUCUGAGGAGCCCCUCCCCCACUGAUGAUGUCUUCCUCGGCCCAGCUUCCUCCCCUCCAGGCCAAGCCCCUCCCCCACCCCCCUACAUGCCUCCACAGCCCUCCAUAGAGGAGGCACGGCAACAGAUGCACUCCCUGCUGGAUGAUGCCUUUGCUCUGGUGUCGCCCACGUCUCAGAGCAGCACAGCAGGGAUCACCCUGCCAGGGGUCAUCAGCAACCCUCAGGGCACCAGCCCUCCAGGCCGGGGCCCCAAAGCAUGGGGCCCCUCCUACCAAGCUCUUGGUCCUUUUCCUGGUAGAAUCACUGAGCUGGGCGUGUCCUCUGCUGCUGUCCCAGGCCUGACCCCAAGGCUAGGCCUUGGCUCCAGCUACCUGUCACCAGGAGAGGCAGCAGGCCACAGCGAGUCCCUCCAACCAGACAGCUUGUACUCCGGCAGGGGCCUCUACGCCAAAGAGCUGCCCUCGUCUGCCAGGCCACGCCCAGUAGGGGGAACUACAGGGGCCCAGCUCCAUCACCUCACACAGGUCGGCCUGUCCAGCCGGAUGAACGGUUAUCCGGCAGGGAUCAGGGCCGCUCCUGGCCAGAACGGAGGCCUGGGCUGGAACGAUUACCAUGGUGACAAUUUUUCCAGGAUGGAAGCGGAAAAAGACGCAAUGCACAGGAGUGGAAGUGGGGAGCCUACAGCCCCUCCUGUCCACUUAGACACUUCAGCCGUGGCGUAUCUGUCUGCUCCACAGCCCUUGGAAACAUCUCCUCCAACCCACUCCUCUGCCUCCCUGAUCAAGGCCAUCAGGGAGGAGCUGCUGCGUCUUUCCCAGAAACAGGCAGCCGUGUCCAGCUACCACGGCUGAAUCUGGGCCUCAUGCCUUUAACCAGUCUGUUCACUGAAGGUUCCUCUCUGCUUGGCUUCACCUGACGAUGCUUCCCAUGGAAGCUCCUGUAGCUGACCAGCAGAGAAACUGUCCCGUUAAACUGAAGAGGAGCUUCACCGAUUCACUGAAAAAAUAAAAUGAAUGGCAACAAAAUACAUCCACUAAGAGGCAGUGUUAUAAAACGGACAUUUGGACUUCCUGAUCAGGUGGAAUAAAUCCAAUCUGCGUCUGCAGCAGAACCACAUCCAGGACUGUAUUCCUUCAGACUGUUCAGCGUCAUGUUUAUUAUAUAAAGUAUUUUCUUCAGAAAUGUUUUAGUGUAUUUUCAUCACUACACUGGAUGUAUAGUUUUUCUCACUCCAUCCCCGUGGCCGUAACUGACUGUUUUCAAAUAAUCACUUAUAAACAUGGCUUAAAUUAUCCAAAUAGGCUCAAAUAUAAACACUCCCACUGAUACUGGUUUGACGUCCCAUCGGAAGCUAAACCCUCCAUUCUUGUCGUUGCCAUCUUCAAGAUUCUGGAAUUCCUCUCAUGCUUCUUACCAAAUUAGUUUCAGUUCUUUCACAGACCGGGUUUUAACCCACAAAGUUUGGACACAGUUUUUCGGUUCUUUCCAUGUUUUUUUGUCUUAGCUUGUUUUAUCUGUCCCAAGCCGGUUCUGAUCUGCUUUUUGGGGCAAUGAUCUCAAAAGCAGGACAAACAAGGCUUCGUUUUAGUUUGUAACACAGUACCAUAUUCCAAACUCACCUCUC